AUGGCGGGUCAAGCUGCCUCGUACUACCAGAUGCCCGACCAGCCGCACCCUCAACAAGGGUACGGCUAUGGCUACCAGCAGCCUCCUGGACCGCGACCUCAGGGCUAUGGGCCCCCUCCGGGUCCGCCUCAAGGCCACCAGCAGCUCGCGCGUCCGUCGCAGCAGCAGCAGUUCGAAUACCAGGACCCAGCCAAAUACAACCAGCCUGCGCCAACGUAUCAGCCACCGCAAGACUCGAAAGAAGGGUUCGAUCAAACUUUCAAGAUUCAGAAGCCCAAGUUCCACGACCUCUGGGCCGGCAUCCUCUUCAUCGCAACAUUCCUCGGAUUCGUCGCUGUGUCGGGUCUGAGCCUGUACCGGUACUCGCGCUAUCACAGCUUCAACGGAGGCGGGGUCUACGGAAGUCAGAAUGAUUUCUCUCUCGAUACAAAUACGAUUAUCCUCUUCGUGGCGGUCCUUGGUAUAGCGUUCGCUGUCAGCUGGAUCUACUUCCUCAUGGCCCGCAUGUUCACCAAAGCCUUCGUCUGGAUCACGGGUAUACUGAAUUGUGUAUUUGCUGUUGCGACGGCUGCAUACUACCUAUACCUCCGUCUAUGGGGUGCUGGUAUUGUGUUUGCCAUCUUUGCAAUUUUCGCCAUCAUCUGCUUCAUCUCGUGGAUCCCUCGGAUCCCAUUCGCGGUUGUGAUGCUACAGCAAACCAUGGAUAUUGCGCGCAUGCCCAGGGUUCACGUCUUUGCAAUCUCCUUGAUAGGCGGUGUCGUUGCUGCUGCCUUUGCUGCCUGGUUCUCGGUCACACUUGUCGCCAUUUACACGGCCUAUAUGCCCGGGAACUCUAAUAGCACUCAGAAUCCUAGCUGUACAGACGCCGGCUGUUCCAGUGGCAAGGUCAUUGGAUUGGUUGUCUUCGUCACCUUCGCCGGUUACUGGAUCACCGAGUGGAUUAAGAACACAAUCCAUACUUCCGUCGCUGGGGUCUACGGCAGUUGGUACUUCUGCGCUGGAAAACCCGGCGGCAUUCCAAAGGGCAGCUCCUGGGGUGCCUUCAAGCGGGCCACUACCUACAGCUUCGGAUCUAUCUCCCUCGGAAGCUUGAUUAUCGCGCUCAUCAACAUGAUUCGCCAAGCUCUGAGCAUCCUUCGCUCGCAAGCUUCGCAGGAUGGCAGCAUUGUGGGUACCAUUAUCUUCUGCAUCCUUGGCUGCGUGGUUAGCUUCAUCCAAUGGGCCGUCGAGUUCGUCAACAAAUACGCCUUCUGCCAUAUAGCAUUGUACGGCAAAGGGUACUUCGACGCCGCGAAAGACACCUGGAGGAUGAUCAAGGAUCGUGGCAUCGACGCUCUUGUCAAUGACUGCCUUGUCGGCCCGGUCUUAUCCAUGGGAGCACUAUUUGUUGCCUACUUGUGCACACUGUUCUCCUACCUCUAUCUCGAGUACACCAAGCCAGCCUACAACGAGGACCGAACUUUUACUCCUGUCAUCAUGGCCUUCUCUUUUGUCAUUGGACUCCAGGUAUGCCAAAUCUUCACAGAGCCAAUUGCCAGCGGUGUCAACACGAUCUUCGUGGCUAUGGGCUGGGAUCCUCAAGUUGCUGUCACAGAUCACCCAGAAUUCUGGAACAAGCUGGUGCAGGUCUAUCCUCACGUCCAGAACGUCAUUCAUUCUUGA